AGCACUUCCACUCCGCUCUGCUCCUAUGAAAAACCUCUGCAUGUGUGUGUGAACUCCUGGCGUGUGUGUGUGUUAAGCAGACUUUUAUGUGUGUGUGUUUUUCUGAGUGGUGUAGCUGUUCAUCAGUGAGAGCUGACUGCAGACAGGGGAAUACUCAGCUCUCACUGCGCUGCUUUUUAAGUCACGCACCGGCUGCUGCUUCUCUGGACUUUUUGGAAGACUUACUGACUUUUUUGAACCUAAGCGGGACGCUACUGUUGCUCUCUUUCUGCCAUCCUGGCACCAUUCCCAAUCCUGGAAUUACUCAAAAUUUUCAAAUUCUGUUUUUACAAGAGCUUUACCUUCUUCAUACUUGGUAUUUUUUAGACCAGCUUAUUUAUGGAAUAACACAUUUUAAACAUCAGCAUCAGCAGUUUUCACCGGGAGGAACUGAGGAACUUCUCUUCACUUUUUCAUUUAAUUCAGAAAUGCACAGCUUUAGGAACAGGGUGUUUUGCAGGCACAAAAAAUAGCCCAGUGACUGCAUACAGGUGUGCAUACAGAACUUUGUGAACAUAACCAAGAGGGUUUUGUCUCAGUGUUUAUUUCUACUGAAAUGGACGGACUAUGAGAGUUAUAAAAGGAUAAAGCAGCACUCUAACUGUGGAAUCAGCCCCGGCUAUUAGAGGCAUGUCAGGCUCAGGUGGACGCUGAUCCCGACCCAGAGUUUCCUGAACUCUGAUGGGAUUUGGUUCCCCAUGGAAACAGAUGGACAGGUCUCUGUGCUCAUGUGUGAGGUUUUCGUCCUAUCUCGGAUGCAAUAGGUAAAGUGAAAGCGAGCUCUGCACCAAGACGGACAAUACAAUACAGAGAUUACAGCGGAAAUUAGGAAUUUCACUGGAGGAGAGUGAAGCUUUUUAGGCCAACAAGGGGGGAGAAUCUGUGUUGGGUUUGAGCCUGAACUAGUCCGAGGAAAUCACUGGCAUUAAAUCACCGUGGAACCUAAAUUAGCUUGGACAACGGAAAUUUGAACAUCAGCGUUUGAGAGAAAAGUGUGCCAACAUGAUGACCAUGAUGAUGAUGAUGGCGGCCAUGAUGGUCACCUGCAGCUCGCUGUUCCUGCUCGGUCUGGCUACCGCCCAUGCCUCCUCCAGCACAUCGUCCCGCACUUCCUCCUCCUCAUCUUCCUCGUCAUCCUCCUCUUCCUCCUCCUCACCACGAAUGAAGCUCUCAUACAAAGAAUUGCAGCAGUUCCAUGGAGUGCGGCGGUUCGAGCUGGAGCGUUCCUGCUGCUUCAGUGCUCUGCUGUUGGAUGAAGAAAGAGGCCGUCUUUUUGUCGGAGCCAAGAACUUCCUGCUAUCGCUGUCAUUAGAUAACAUCGCCAAGCAGGAACACAAGAUCUACUGGCCGGCUCCUGUCGAUUGGAGGGAGGAAUGCAACUGGGCUGGGAAGGACAUCACUACCGACUGUGUGAACUAUGUGAAGAUUGUGCAUCAUUUUAACCGCACUCACCUGUACGCCUGUGGAACUGGGGCCUUCCACCCUACAUGUGCCUUUGUAGAAGUGGGACACAGGAUGGAGGACCACGUGUUCAGGAUUGACCCCUCUAAGGUGGAAGACGGGAAAGGAAAGAGUCCCUAUGAUCCUCGCCAUAAUGCUGCAUCUGUUCUCGUCGGGGAUGAACUUUAUGCAGGUGUAGCCACAGACUUGAUGGGACGGGAUUUCACCAUCUUCAGAAGCCUGGGGAGACGCCCCUCCAUCCGCACCGAACAGCACGACUCUCGCUGGCUCAAUGAACCAAAGUUUGUUGGGUCCUUUUGGGUGCCGGAGAGUGAGAACCCAGAUGAUGACAAGGUAUUUUUCUUCUUCCGUGAGACGGCAGUUGAGGCCCAGGGGUUGGGAAAGUCCACCUACUCUCGCAUCGGACAACUGUGCAGGAAUGACAUGGGUGGUCAGAGAAGUCUGGUAAACAAGUGGACGACAUUCCUGAAGACCCGUCUGAUCUGCUCAGUGCCAGGGGCUGAUGGCAGCGACACAUACUUCGACGAGCUUCGCGAUGUUUUCCUGCUGCAGACCAGGGACAGAAAGAACCCUCUGGUGUACACCGUCUUCUCCACUUCCAGCAGUGUAUUUAAAGGCUCAGCUGUGUGUCUCUACUCCAUGAAUGACAUCCGGAGGGCCUUCCUGGGGCCGUUCGCUCACAAAGAGGGGCCCAACUAUCAGUGGGUCCCCUUCCAGGGAAAAGUCCCCUACCCACGCCCAGGAAUGUGUCCCAGCAAGACUUUUGGCAGUUUUGAGUCCACAAAGGGUUUCCCAGAUGAUGUGAUCCAGUUUGCUCGUCACCACCCUCUGAUGUAUAACCCGGUCUACCCCAUGAGUAGACGGCCCAUCUUCGUCAGAACCAACGUGGACUACAGCUUCACGCAGAUAGCCGUGGACAGAGUCAACGCUGCAGACGGACAAUAUGAUGUCAUGUUUAUUGGCACAGACAAAGGGACUGUUCUAAAAGUGAUCAAUGUUCCUAAGGAGAGCUGGAACAACAUGGAGGAGCUUCUUCUGGAAGAGCUUGAGGUCUUCAAAGAUGCUUCAUCAAUCAUCAACAUGCAGAUUUCCUCAAAACGGCAACAGCUGUAUCUGGGCUCAAACACAGGGAUCGCCCAGGUCCCCCUCCAUCGCUGCAGUGUGUAUGGGAAGGCCUGUGCUGAGUGCUGCCUGGCCAGGGACCCAUACUGCGCCUGGGAUGGAACAUCUUGUACUCGCUAUCUGCCAAACACCAAGAGACGCUUCCGUCGUCAGGACGUGAGGAAUGGAGAUCCCAACACCCUGUGCUCUGGAGACCACCACAAGUACCGUGCUGCAGAGAGGAAGCUGUAUGGAGUUGAGGGAAGUAGCACUUUCCUGGAGUGUAUCCCAAAAUCCCUUCAGGCCAGAGUAACCUGGACCUUCCAGAAGCAUCCACAGAACCCAAGGGAAGAGGUACGUCUAGAUGAUCGCAUCCUCCAGACAGACAGAGGACUUUUGAUUCGCCGUGUCUUGAAGAGAGACGUUGGCAUUUACCAAUGCCACGCCAUGGAGCAUGGCUUUACCCAAACCUUGCUGGGUAUCACCUUAGAAGUCGUACCUUCAACGUCCUCUUCAUCCUCCAAUCUACCCUCAGAUGCUCCUGUCCGGUUAGACCCCCGCAGCGGAGGUGGCCCCCCAGUGACCAAUCAAAAGCUUUGGUACAGGGACUUCAUGCAGUUGGUGGACCAUCCUAACCUCAGCACUGUCGACCAGAUUUGCGAGCAAGUUUGGGCACGCAAGAACACAGAAGCUGGCCAACUGGAAAAGAGCUUCCCUGCUCCGGUGAAGGAAGUCCCGCCUUUGGCCCCAGCUGUGCGCCCUGCUAACAAGAAGUGGAAGCAUCUUCAGGAGAUCAGAAAGGGGAGAAACCGCCGGACCCACGAUGGGAAACCAAGUCCUCGGGCGCCUCGCAGUGCAGGGGAGUAACAUUGUGGAGAAAAGAUGGAGGGAGAAAGGAAUGACUGAUACAAGAUUAGAGGAUGAGAGUGGUUGAAAGAAAGACGAAGAACUUCUGGAGGUGUUUACACGUACAAAAACAUCCACGCACAUAAAAACACAUACAGACACACACACAGCACCUCCUCUAUUGUGUAUAUUUAUCUAUGGAUGCUCCCACUAUAUGGUACCCCAGUCCCUGAGUCCUCGUCCCACUGGCCAGCCCCUGCAUGUGCUGCCUUACUGCCCACGUUGAUUCUGCACGAUCCCUUUACACUGUUCCACUAGAGUAGUCGAGUGUCCAAGCAGGUCCUUAUGUGUGGCAUAAACUUAGACACACCGUCAUUUCCUAUGCCACUGACUAUACAUGGAAGGUUUGCUCAGAGCAAAGAGAAGACCACAUCUUGUGAUCUACACACUUUAUGUGGAUAGUGGCUCACAGUAUGAACCCCUAACUUCUGGACUACACCACUUGAAAAAGCCCCAAAGUUUUUUGGAUGGACUCCUCACCUGAAGAUGUCAAACCAAUACAGAUGAAGUGUGGAAUGAUUGCUGCAUAUAAUGGGAAGAAAUGGAGAAUUGUGACAACUGGAAUAUACUGGAAUAUAAUGGUCUCUGACUGGAAUCACAUCCACGUAUACAUGGGCGAUUGCACGAGCAUGCAAAGAAACAAUUUUGAACCCAUUCUUUUGAACUAACUAGAUGAAUUGAACUUCCUGUGGUGCUCUUGCUGCAAAUACUUCCAGUUACCUUUCACAUGACUCGUCUGAGCAUAAAACACAUUUCAUUGAUAGAGAUGCCAGCAGUUAGGGGGCAGCCUGUGGAACAGAUCAGCAUGUUGCAGAACUGGUUAUAGUAUAUAGUUUAGUGGUUUCCUUAGGCACAUUGAGGCAUGUUGCAGCAGAACAAAAACCCACAAUGCCGUUGGUUAGAGAGUGGUUGUAUCUGAGCAGAUACGAUUAUGUUAUUUCACUGGUCCAAACCACUAGAAUGAGGAAGGGGAGGGAGCUACUAGCAUUCAAUGAUGUGAGAGACAGAUGAGAUGUUUACACUACACAGACCAGGCUGGAGUACAAAGAAGCCCAAAUAUCACCUUGACUAUAUCCAAACAAGCUUUAGAUGUGAGGUAGGACUACAAACACAAAUGGCAGACAUGUUGAAAGUGCAUUUAGAUACUUUUUUACAUAUUCCCAAACAUUACCAAAAAAAAGUUAUAUUUAAUGGUUUUAUUAUUGGCUGUCUGUAAUGUACAAUGCAUUAUUGUUAAGGAGAAGUGUUGAGUAGGGUGGUUAUAAUAAGAGGUAUUAAAGAGUAACUAAACCCCAAGGUUAAGUGCUCAAUUGAAAAUCUACAUAGAUAUUAAGCAGUGGUGUUUAUCAGAAAGGAUCCAAGUGUUAACAUUAAAAUCAGGGAUGUCAGCAUUAGUGCAUUAUUAGAAAGCAAUUAAGAUUGAUAAUUUAAACCUUUUUUUUUAAAUCACAUGCCUCAUCUUCUCUUUCCACACACUUUGGUUAAACCUCUGCAAAGGCUCCCUGCAGCAAUAGUGAUGUAAAAUGAGCCCACCACUGCUCCUCAAUUUCGCAUGUCAGUUUAAAAACUCACAGACAGCUCAGUGGACAGGCCAGAAGUCAUCUGUAGCUUUUGCUAUUAAACGUUUGACUUUCUACUGUUCCCCUAUUUCCUCUUCAAUCAGUCACAACUUCCUUUUUCUGUAGUUCAGUUUAUGCCAUUAUCUUCAAUCUACCUACAGUUCUGUAUUUUCUAUCAAAAUACAGAAAGCUCUGUAGCCUAACAGGUAGUCAACUAAGAAUUCACAGUUAAACAAAAAACAUUUUAAAUGCAAAAUAAUGGAGGUUCAAAAUACAACAAUAGGGAGAUAAAUCACAAUAGCCGCAUGAAAAAUGACUUAUUGGACAUCCCUAAUUUAAAUUUAAAAAUACAUAUCUUUUUUUUGCAUUUCAUCCUAAAUGCACAUGAUUUAAGUAAGUGAUGCAGCACGAAAGACCACGAAAAAGCGCACUGCAGCAUGAAGUGCCACGUCUCCGCACAAUAUGGUACGUUCUCCCCACAUCAUCCUGUUCCUGUUUCCCUCUCUGAUGCUCAUGUUGAAAUUGGUGAAGAAUGAGGAAAGAGGUAGAUGACAAGACAACAGGAGAGUAAGACAGGAAUAUUUAUCUUGAUAGCUGUGCAUCGAUAAUAAUUCUGUUUCUGUCUUAAAUGUUUUGCUCUGACUUGUGUCAACACAGAGACAAAACCGUUCAACUCAAAGCCAUUGAUACAAAGCUCCUCAUUUUUGUUUGUCCAAAUUCAAAAUGAAGACCUAGAUAUCAUACAUAUUUGCAAGAACCUGAAACUCACAGGUCAUCGAAUUAAUUUGUAAUAGAUGCCCUGUCGACAGCAAGAUUAAGAUGCUAUGCAAUGCAACAUCUGACACUUAGAUGCUGCUAGGACUGUGUUAGAGUGAUUGUUCUGUUCAGACUGAAGUCUGGCAGCUGCAGCUGAAUUUUUCUGUUGGCUCAUAUGGUAACGUAUAUGGUGCCAGCUCACUAUCACAGAGCUUAACAGUAAUUCUACACUUUUUCCAUACCUAUUGCCCUCAGCAUUUUCAAAUGUGAAAAUUAUCUGGUAACAGCGACCUCCACCAAUCAGAGAAAUGGCUCUGACACUCUAGUACUGUGGGUAGUGUAGUUCAUCUCCUUAAGCUCUCAUAUUGAUAGAAAAAAACAAAUGCUAUUGCACUGCUUUUGAUUAUCAAAUAGUAAACAAAAAACUUAAUUUACCAUGUUUUUUCGUCCUUAAGUGAUGAGGGAGAGUAAAAGAAGAGCUCUGGGCUAAAACCAGUGAGGAUCGUAGCGGUCAGAUGUCAAACCAUUACUGUGUUUCUACUGACUUAAAGUCAGCAAUCAUUCUGUAACAGCUGAAGCUGUAGUCUGUUUGCCAGUAAACAGAUUUUUCACACAUUUACCAGCAUAUUAAAGAGAAAAAAGAAUAAUAAUGAAAAGGUUGAAGAUGGGACCGUUUGUCCAGUUUGACAUAGAGUCUUAAUAGACACUUGUAUACACCUAAAACUUUGUUUUAGAAUUUCAAAAUGUCAGACCUUACUAUGAAAUGUCAUAUUUUUUAUGCAUAACCAACUAUUUGGUUUGGGCUCUGAAUAAGCGUUACACUGUACGGUUUCCAUAUUUUAAGUUUUUAAAUUGUGAAUGACCCAAAUGACCCAGACUUUCUCAUUUACCAUUUAGAUUGAACAUUUUCACCCAGAAAGAGGUGAAUGAACUACCUAGAUGGGUUGAAGCUAUCUAUAAACCAUGUUUUUCUUAAAGUGAGAUUGAUAACAUACAAAAUUUGGCUUGUGGUAAGUCUACCUUGGAUGGUACUUAUACAGCAGCAUACUCUGUAUAAUGUAUAUGCUGCUAGCCAGGUCUUUCCCCUCCCUCCUCCCUGCCCUGUCCAUGAGGUCCAAAAGUGUAUUAGCACUUCAGCCAAAACUCUGGGGUUUAGUCACUCUUUAAGCCACCAAUAAGAAAGGGGGCAGAUUGAUAACCCUAACCGUAAGUAGAUUCUAGUAUUGAAAGCAUGACAACCCAUGUUGCUGGGCUUCAGUGCAGCACAUAUUUAUAAGUUUUAUGAUUUAUUUUGUAUUCCAAACGGUACAUUUUCUCCUUGUGCUUUUACACUGUUCUUGCAUAUGUUGUUUGUGAUAAGUAUAUGCAAAUAAUAUAAGACGAGCAACUCACUGAUGCCUCAUUCCAAAUGGUACGACACAUUAAAGCUGCUAUUUUGCGCUUCCCACAAUGCACCUCACUGUCCAAAAGAAAAUAAAGAAAAAAACAAAGAAAAAUCUUUCAUCUGACUUCACACACUGUUAGAUUCACAUCGAAACGUAGUGUUGCAGUCAUCACUAUCAUUGACUUUUUGCUGCUCAACAAUGUCAUCUCUGCCUAAUGGACAUUUAGUACAAUAAUGUCUUCCUUCCCUGUCUUUGGUGUGAUCUCUCUCUGUGUAUUCUGUGUAAAGAAACCUUGUUUGUGGGUCGUCUGUGGUAACAUGGUGUGUGAAGCCUGCCCCCUAGUGUCUAUUGUGUGUACAGGCUCAGAUGAAGAGCCUACCUGUGGUACGAUGCUUCAUUAUAUCAUAGUCUAUCCACAUGACAGAAGGCAACCAGCAUUGUAAGAUAAAACAUGCAUUUAUCUUUUCAUAAGUAUGAUUUUUAUGAUGGUCUACUUUGUGUCUGCAACACAUUUGUCAGGAGUUUCAUGGUUUUAAGUGGACUGAAUUUCACUCCAUGUGUUUGGCCCUGAGAAGAGGAGGCAGCACAAACUAGGUCAUUGAGUGGAUUUUAGAUGUAUGGAAUCAUUGUUGUUGUUAUUUAUAUACCUUUUUCUAGAGAUGUAAUUAACUCUUUAAGUGAACUGAACUGACUGAAUAACACCUGCAAAAGGGACACUCUGCAUUUUGACUCCAGGAUUUACUGCAAAAACAUUCAAACAAAUUGUGUUUAUAUGUAGAGCUUUAUCUACAUUUAAGCAACACAUUUAAGUUAAUUCACUUCAUAGAGGUUUAACUCGAUGGCUGUGUUCUUUACGUACACAGAUUCUUCUUUUUUACAUUGGUAGUGAUGUCAAACUUGCCUGAGUCUCCCUCUUAAACCAGCUGUUGUUUUGUGCUCUUUUGAAAUUGCAUGACCAAUGUUAGUGGCUAACGCGUUUGACAAUGGUACGGUGGCGCAAAAGAGCGAGAGAAAGAAAGCACAAUGUUGAAUAUUAUUAUUAUUCCUAUGUAUUUAUGUGCAAAGAUAAGCUGAUAUGUUGUUGUGGUGGAUUUUUAUUUUUCUUAUAAAUGUAGAUUUACGUCUGUAUUGUUCAUGUUCUGCUGAAAAAGAUUCAUCCUCAACAUUGUCCAGACAUUACAGCCAAUGGGAAAACUUCUCCUGAACACAGUGUCCAAUUAGAGUUUGUCGUUCACACAGCCUUCCAUUCAACACUCCUGUUGUAGCCCAUGCCAUGUGACGCACCCCUGUACGAUAGCUUCAAAGAGAGGCUGGUGUGUGUGUGUGUAAGUGAGAAAGGCUUGUGUGUUUGUGGCGUAUGUGUGAGUGAGUUUUGGGGAAAGCAGAGCUUUGUAUAUAACGGCAAAGGAACAGUGGCGUGUAAGUAGAGCAGUCUGGUUUAAGGUGGAAGGCCAAACUUAACAUGGUGCACUGUAAUUCUCCCAGAGGUCUUUGUGAAAUGUCAUGUCAGAUUGUUUUUGAUUAACACAAUAAAAU